AUGGGACGAUAUCGCAAAGGAGGAACAUGGGCAGCUGCCGCCAUCCUACUCUUCAUCCUCGCCACAUCACCCUCGCAUGACACUGCGAUGGGAGUGGGAUUAGGAAUCGGACGUGUGCACGCCCUCCCCCUCCCGCAACUCAUCAACACCGUCACAUCCGCCGUAACCGACACUGCCAACGCCGUCACGGACGCCGCGGCUGGAGUGGUGGACGCGCAGGUCAAUGUCGCGGUGGACGGCGAGACGGGAACCACGCCGACGGUCGUGGACGAGGUGGUGGUGCCCACGACGGCGCAGGAUAGCGUGCCCCCUGCGGUCGAGACCCCGAGGAGGCAGCAAAGGGUCGUGGAUGGGGAGACGCGCGGGCGUGGAGAGGAGAGAAAUGACCGUGACCGUGUGGGGAGGAAGCGUACGGGCGCGGAUAGGUCUGCACCUGCACCUGCACCUGUUGUCAACAUCCCACCACCACCACCCGCUCCCCCCGUCAACGUCCCAGUCACCGCACCCCCAGCACCAGCACCGAACGUCAACACCGGAACGACGACCCCAAACGCAAAUGUACCACCACCACCCGCCCCGUUUCCGGCCCCCUUCCCCCCGACAGCCCCCUUCCCCGGCGACCUCUCCUCCCUCCCCGCCACCGCCCGCCGCCCGCCCAUCCGCGUCAACCAACGCCCUCAGGGGGAUAUCUCCGCCACCGCCCAGACAUCCGCCUCGACUUCACCCUCCACAUCCUCCCCCGCGUCCGUCGCUAAUCAAAACGGACCAGAAGCAAUCACCACCGACCCCUCCCCCGCCUCGGACUCCUCCUCCACAACCACCGGGUCAGCACCCACCACCCCCGACCAGGGCCAGCCCCGCCCCGGCGCAAACAACCUCCCCCCCUUCGGCAUCCCGCGGCCCCCACCCGCGCGGGGCGACAGCAACCGCACCGGCAAAAUCGCCCUCUUUGUCGGCAUCGGCCUGUGCGUCUCCGCCGUCGUCAUCGGCUCCAUCUUCUACACAGCCACGAAAGCGCACCGGCGACGUCGGUCCCUUCCCGAUGGUGGUGACAACACUCCCCGCAAACGCCGGUUCUUUGGACGCGGCGACUCGGCCGACGACGUCAAAUCCCCACCCCCGGCCUACGACACCCUCACGUCCUCCGCGUCCCGCACGACGCCGUCCCCCCCGUCCCCACUCGCUUCGGAAUUCACCCUCUCGCUCGAUCGCGCCCUGACAGCCACCGGCAACCGCGCCGGCAGGAAGAAGGACCACACGCGGAGCUUCCCGCCCAGCAGGGACUCGUUCACCCUGCGGUUGAGUCUCACACCCGAGUGUAUGAAGGGCUGGGGCGAGAUGGACCCCCUGCCCGGUAGGGAGAGGGUCGGCGCCACCGCGCCGCGGUUGGACGAGCUCUCCGUUGAUCCCCCUCCCCCCGCGAAGAUCCGUAGUUCAGUUCGCAAACAGCUGUGCACCCCCGGAGACAUAAAGUGCAUCACCUCAUGCUACAAGACCACGGCAGACUGGCUGUUCUGGAAAUGCAGGUGGCGAGCGGAAUGGCUCGAUAGAACGUUCACAUCCGGCACAAAUGGCGAUGCCGGAGGUAUUCUCCGGAGAGUGACAUUCGUCGCAAUGGUAAAAGUUCCUCUUCGUGGGAGUCUGACAGCCGUAGCAGUACCAGAACUCCUUGUAAAGGCCUUUCUGAACCUUCUCUGUGCAAUAAUAGCACAGUUCCGGUGUAUGCAUCUUGCCAUAACGGGCCUCUCGGUUAUGCAGGGUUUGGAAACGUUCAAUCAACCAAGGGACGUCCAAAAAGUUCGCCAAUUGCUCCGUGUUCCGCAGCGCUUGGCCAGAGGCUAG